AUGUCCAACUAUUCAGGCUACGCAGCCACACACCAACAACCACCACUAUACUAUCCCAGUCAAAAUGGCUUCACACCUCCCAUGUUUUAUGACAAUAGUCCUAUAAUGUACGGUAUGGCCUCUUCCCCAAGCAUGCCUAAUGGCCCAACAUCACACGACUAUGCCGGACCACCAGUUUCUCAUGGUGGCAACUAUGGUGGUAGUAAUGGAUCCAUCACUAAUGGUGGCCAUUUGCAUCACUCUGGUAAUGCAAACAAUGGAAGCAACAGUAGUAGUAACAGUAGCAGCAGCAGCAGCAGCAGCAACAACAACAACAACAACAAUAACAACAAUCAACACCGCCAAAACAAGCAUUCCAAAUCUUCGGACCAUUAUAAUAACAAUAGUAACCACUAUCGUCCGAAAUACCACCGUCAUCAUAAUAAUAAUAACAACAACAACAACAAUAAUAAUAAUAACAACUCACACAAUAACAACAACUCAUCCAGCAAUAAUACUAAUACUCAUGGCUACCAAUACCACCAAAGCCACCAACUCUCUUAUAGACCGUUUUAUCCCUCUCAACCACCAGCAGACUUUGCAUCUCCUCAAGGCCUGCAAACACUACCAAUGCAUCAUCAGCACAUACCUCAUCACCCUCCUCCUCCUCCUCCUCCACCUCCAUUCAUCCCUGGUGCAGAUCCAGGCGAUGCAGAGGCAGCCGCACUUCUAGAUCUAAGUCCACACCACCCUGCACUCCCUCCAUUGGCUUCUCCUCCUCCACCACUAUCUGGACUAGGAGGGCCUCCACCACACACAUUACCGCAUCUUCAUAUACCUAACCAUCCACGACACCCACCUCCUGUUCAUCACCACCAUCAUCAUCAUCACAAUCAUCCAGCAGCUACUAGCCAUUCACCUCUUCCUCCACUGGCACAGAGCCCGAAAAAGAAACCAGCGGUACAGGAGGAGCCCAAUACUAGUUCUAGUGAGAGUAUAAAUGAAAAGCAUGGUACUAUUAAUACCAGUAGUAGCAAUGGUAGUGGCAGUGGCAGUGGCAGUAGCAGUGGCAGUAGCAGUGGCAGUGGCAGUAGCAGUAGCAGUAGUAGUAGUAGCAGUAGUAGUAGUAAUAACAGCAGUAGUAUUGCCAGCAGUAAUGGUAGUGCUGGUACUGGUACUACAACUACAACUACAGUUUCUAGUCCACAAAAAACUACUACUACUACUGCUACAGCAGCAACAGCAACAACAACAACAUCACCAUCACCACCACCACGGAAAGAGGGAGAAGAGUUUGUACAUUGUGGAGGCCAGAUUACAAAAGUAUGGUUUUCUGCACCUAACGAGCCAUUCCCUAAACGGCGAGCAUACUACCGACGAUUAGAGAAGCUGAAAAGAGAACGGGAUGAGGCCAAGCGGUUAGAAGAAGAGAAGAAGAAGAAGAAGGAAGAAGAAGAAAGAGAAAGGGAAAAGGAAAAGGAAAAAGAAGAGAAGGAGAAGGAGAAGGAGAAGGAAAGCAAAAAGGAGUUUUUAAAGACUAAGGAGAAGGAGCCACCUUUAGUUGCUGAGGAGAGUGUUACACCAUUGACAUCACCAGCUCCAUCUCCUAGACCUGUAAUAAUACCAGCAGAAGCACCUAUUCGGGUGGUGCCAGUGCCGACAGUGCCUACAGUUUCCAAGGGGAUUUCAUGGGCAGAGCGAUUACAACAAGAUAAUCACGUUGGAGUUUUGCCUGUGUCUCCACGGAAGCAACAGCAUCAGCAACAGCAUCAGCAACAUCAGGUCAAUGGGGGUCAUGCGGUUAGUAACCAUACAGGUUCAACUUUAAGUAUGCAUGAAAAGAAACCCCAUGUAGUCAAGGUGAACCAAAAGGAACCUCUUGGGGUUUUAUUGCACAAGUAUGAUUACAAGAAGGUUAAGCGGAUGGCAGUUCCACGGAUUUACUCUCGAGGAAUUAUUAAUACGGGCAACAUUUGCUUUAUGAAUUCGAUUCUACAAGCACUUGUGCACUGUUUGCCGUUUUACCAGUUGCUUGAAUACAUUGCAUCGAACAGUGUGUUUAGUAUUAAGAGCGAGACACCAUUAUUGGAUGCGUUGAUUAAUCUUACGCGGGAAUGUACUGAGAAGCCGAAAGAUCCUAAUAGGAGUAUCAAUUCGCAGCCAUUGUCACCAGAGGCGUUUUACAAUACGGUUCGUGCACAUCCACGGUUUGUACAUUACAAGCGGGGCCGACAGGAGGAUGCUGAGGAAUUUCUUGGGUAUUUAUUGGAGGCAUUACACGAUGAGUUUGUUGGAGUGAUGGCAGCAACAAAGAAGAAGGAGGAAGAAGAGGAAGAAGAGAGGGGGAGGGAGAAGGAUGAAAGGGGAGGAGGAGAAGGAUGGCAAGAAGUUGGGAAGAAUAAUAAGAGUUUGAAUGUUCAGCAGAAUAAGGGGUUUGGGGAGAGUCCAGUGACUCGGUUAUUUGGAGGGCAGCUCAAGUCGACAUUAACAGCAUCUAAUUUAAAGACACCAUCCAUUACACGGGAUCCAUUUCAACAGAUUCAGUUGGACAUUUCUGAUGAGCGAGUGAGAUCUAUUGAGGAAGCAUUUGUGAAUCUUGCAGCUCCAGAACAAUUACAAUACUCGACAUCUACGAAGCAGGAGGUACGAGCUACUAAACAGAUUGUAAUUGAUGAAGUUCCUGAGGUUUUGAUUGUUCACUUGAAGCGAUUUUCAUAUACGAAUGAUGGAGAAGGGUUAAGUUCAAGUUUAGGUGGUAGUGGUAGUGGUGUAAAUGGUGUUGGUAACACUGGAGGAGCAGGGUAUGGAGGGAAUGGUCAAGGAGUUGGAGGAAUUGGGGGAGGAAGUGUUCCAUUUGCAGUUGAGAAUGUACACAAGAUUUCAAAGCCAGUAACAUUUCCUGAGCAUUUGACUUUACCACGAGAAGCGGUAGGGUCAGUAGGAGGAGGAGGAAUACAAGGGUCGUCAUUACCUGAGUAUAGUUUAUGUGGAGUUGUAUAUCAUCAUGGGCCAUCUGCAGCAGCAGGACAUUAUACGGUUGAUGUGAAGACACGGACUGGGAAUAUUAAGAGAGGUGUUUAUAAUAGAGAAGUAAGAGAAAAGGAAGAGAAAGAAAAAGAAGAAGAAGAGAAAGAAGCAAAAGAAGAAGAGGAAGAAGAAGAAGAAGAAGAAGAAGAAGAAGAAGAAGAAGAAGAAGAAGAAGAAGAAGAAGAAGAAGAAGAAGAAGAAGAAUGGGUUAAUAUUGAUGAUGUGACAUUGACUAGGGGAAUUGCAGCAGCUGGUGGAGGAGGAGUUGAAGUUGGGAGUGGGACUAAGACGGCAUAUAUAUUAUUUUAUAAGAGAGAAAGUAGUAGUAGUAGUAGUAGUUUAUAA